AUGAAUUCCGUUCGAUAUUCUCCUUUACGAGUCCUGAGGACUUCUCAAAGAAGUUGGCCUCGAGCAACAGCUACCCCGUCGCAUACCCAUGUCCGAUACCUCCAUGGAAACACUCCGAACCUCAUCAGUGCCGCAUUAGAUGCCUCUACAAGCUUGAUCCAUGGUGUUCACGAUGUCACCUGUCUACCAUGGGUCUUAUCUAUCCCCCUUACAGCUCUACUUGUCCGAACGGUCGUCGGAUUGCCCAUACAAUACUAUACACGCCUACACGCCCGACGAGAACGAGACCUUGCGCCAUUACUGUACUCCUGGAAAAUUGCAGCGGAGAACGAAGGUCGACGAGGAGGAAGAACCACAAAACAGAUCACAGAAAUUUUAAAUUCCAGGGCGAAGAUCUUACGAGAGAAAUGGCACGUAAAUCCCUGGGUUAAGGGAGCGUCGCUCUUACAAAUACCGGUCUGGAUUUCCCUGAUGGAGAGUAUCCGUGGAAUGUGCGGAAAUACAAGUGGUCUAGUGCCGUGGCUACUUUCACUGGUUCGACCAAACAAGGAGUCUGCGGAUGAAGCUAUCCAAUCGCUCAAUCUAACAGUGGAACCCACACUUGCGAAUGAAGGUGCGCUUUGGUUUCCUGAUCUCUUAGUGGGAGAUCCAAGUGGAGCAUUGCCUGCCCUUCUCGCAGCAUCGAUUUUGCUGAAUGUGAAUAUGGGCUGGAAGAGUGUCUCUUUCAAGGACAUGGCUGAAAUGCCGAAGCUCCAGAUGUAUCAAAAUUUCUUUUUCAGUGGUUUGCGGAUCUUUAUUCAGGUCCUCGCUGUCAAUGUUGGUAUCUCUGGAUGGUUCUACGAGAUGCCCGCUGCUUUGAUGGUUUACUGGAUUGCCAGUUCCAAUAUUGCGACUCUGCAGACGUGGUGGCUGGGUAAAUACAUGUAUUUGAAGCCAUCUAUUCCGGCUUACAAGGCUACGCACAUGAAAUUCAUCAAGGGAGGUGACCCUUUCAAUAUGAAUUUGAAAUAG